UGACGUCAGGAGGAACUUUCAGGAAGGUUAUUGUACAGACGUUACAUCAGAGCGCUUGUGUUGUCUUGGCUGCGAAGGUCUUGUAAAAUCAAACGUUUUACAGCUUUCGAUCACCGUGUCGCUAACCUCUGUGAAGUUCAGUACAUCCCAACAAUGCUGGUGGCUCGACUCGCAUGCCUGCGCAGUCUGCCUGCAGCGGGGCUGCGCUCUGCAUUAGUGCAGGGCCCUCCGACUGUCAGGUGCUCCAUCCUCAAGUCCACUCUGCCCUUGGUAAAGCCUCACCAGGGAUAUUCUUCCAAAGCUCGGUUUGCUCUCCGACGAGGCCGGACAACCCGGGAGCAGCUCAAAGAAGCAGCUUUUGAGCCAGCAACUGACACAGCCAUAAAAAUUGACAGCAUGGGAAGGAUGAUCCUGGCAGGAGGAGCUGCAGUAGGCCUCGGGGCACUCUGCUAUUACGGCCUUGGCAUGUCCAAUGAAAUCGGUGCCAUCGAGAAGGCAGUUAUCUGGCCCCAGUAUGUGAAGGACAGGAUUCACUCUACUUACGCAUACUUUGCCGGCAGUGUGGGGCUCACAGCCUUAUCUGCCGUGGCAGUGAGCAGGACCCCUGCCCUCUUGGGUCUCAUGAUGAGAGGUUCCUGGCUGGCCAUUGGUGCCACAUUUGCUGCCAUGAUCGGGGCUGGCAUGUUGGUCAGAUCAAUUUCAUAUGAACACAGCCCAGUGCCCAAACACCUCGCCUGGAUGCUGCACGCAGGUGUGAUGGGGGCAGUGGUGGCUCCCCUGACUCUCCUGGGUGGACCUCUGAUGCUGAGGGCUGCCUGGUACACUGCAGGCAUUGUGGGGGGCCUGUCCACAGUGGCGAUGUGUGCUCCUAGCGAGAAGUUUCUCAACAUGGGGGGUCCGUUGGCUGUCGGCUUCGGAGUUGUCUUUGCUUCCUCGCUUGGCUCAAUGUUCCUGCCGCCGACUUCUGCCUUCGGAGCAGGACUGUACUCGGUGGCAGUGUACGGAGGCCUCAUUUUGUUCAGCAUGUUCCUGCUGUACGAUACACAGAAAGUGAUCAAGCGUGCCGAAAGCCACCCCUUGUAUGGAGUGCAGAGAUAUGAUCCUAUCAAUGCAUGCAUGGGAAUCUACAUGGACACUUUGAACAUCUUCAUGCGGAUGGUCAUGAUUUUGGCCGGUGGUGGUGGAGGAAGAAAGAAGUGAAGGACUUCAAGUGGACAGGGUGGACUGUUGAACACAAAUGGAAGAGGCUGAGCAGAAAUUGAUGUCUAAAAGAGUCACUGGUUUGCUUUAGGAGUUCUGUUUCAGAUACAUAGACACCAACCGGUGUGUUUUUAUUUUUAAAAACAAGCUCAUUUCUUCAAAGUAGUGCAAAAUGAUGAGUUCUCAAAAACAUCCUGCUUCGCAUUGAAAUGGACAAGUAUCUCUUAAGAAAAAUUUCUGGAGAGAUUGGGUACCUUUUCAGUCUUUACAGAGAAGUGUGUCCUCAUACUGCCACUCAGGUUCUACAGUUUAUUUAUACUUUUCCCUGUAGUACCCAGUUGAAAGGUGGAGAAAUCUGGAAUACUAUGUUAAAGAUGUCAUUGUAAUUUUACUUAGCUUUCACUUUGAAAUGUGUGUAUAUUGCCCUUCUUUCGGGUGGUAAGACUUGUAUAUGCUGAGAAUGGAAGUGAAAUGCAGUACGCACAUGGAGUGGCCACCAUGCAAAUAAAUAAAGGAAUGAUCAUCA